AUGAUGAUGUUGCGUUCCGCUUCGCUUCUUUUGAUCCUCCUUCCGUCUCUGACGACCGCCUUUGGUCCUCCAUGGUGGGCCAACGAAACCGUGACAACCUAUGCGAACUGGCCUUCGGAAGUGGUUUCCAUUUUGGAGGAAGAAAAGCAGACGUAUCAAUCGGAUUCCUUUCCCGGCCUUCCCACUGUGCGUGUCUUUCAAGCCUUUCCGGAGUACGAGCCUCGUGUCUGGCCGCUAAUGAAGGGCAUUAGCUGGCGUAUGAAUCCCCUUUUGUGGCCUCAUGUGCACUACUACAUGGAAGGCGGACUCGAGUAUGGCUGUCGUACUCUCCAAGAUAAGAAACAAGUUCCCGUCGACAGCGCCCAUUGUCAUCGUCAUUGCAUCCACGGUGGUCGCUACUGUGUCCCUCAGAAGUUUGAAGUCGAUACCAAUGGACCGCAAGGAAAAGAUGCCCUCAAGGAAAUGUCGCGUCGUCUCUGUUUGGAUUCCAUCUUUCACGCCAAGGACAAGCGCUUUAUCGCCUACCUAGAAGGAUUUGAUCACGAAAACUGCUUUCAAGCAGAUCACAUUCGCAACUGCUCUCUCAAUGUCAUGAACUCGGUCGGCGCCGAAUGGUCCAAGAUUGAAGCGUGUGUCGAUGAAUCCAACUGGAGUGCGGAUAUCGAAAACCCCAUUCUGGAGCGCAACCUCAAACAUGUUCACAAACCCCACAAUUUUACCAUUGCCGAUAUGCCCAUGAUUACCAUUGAUGCCAAACCCGUUCCAGGCAAUGCCGAUGGCAUGUUGGAUACCAACACUAUCUUUCAUACGUACUGCCAGGCAUUUCCCGAACAUUACGAGCGUCCGUUUGCUUGUGAUGCCUGCGAGGGAUGCCAAGAUACCCGCACGUGUCUCUGGACACUAGAGUGCGAUGGAGAACCCUUUGAUAUGGCUAUCUUCUUGGACGAUGGCAAGACGGAUCCAGUGGAUUUGCCACAUGCCACGGUUACCCCCGAGAUUCAUACCAAGCCCGCCACGGAUGCUCCCAAAAAGACACAACCUCCCAAACAAAAAGAUGACGCCACCCCAGAAGAUCAUUCGUAUGCCAAUGCAGCCAACAGUGACACCACCGCCACCAACCAGGACGCCGUGCAACACGAGGCUGCCUCGUGGGUCGUCUUUGUCUGCUUGUUCUUUUUGGCCGCAUUGACAUGUCCGGUUGCAUAUUACAUUUACCGCGAACGCCGCACCAAGGCACUCAUGGAAGAAAUCAAGGCGGGCAAGUACGCGAGCGAAUUCCGCGACCAAUCUGGUUACAAGGACAAGGAGUUGGGAGGACGACAAAAGGAUGAAGAGGAAGCUUAUGUGGACGUUGUGGUGGAUUCUGCGACAUCCAACGAUAUUACCGUGGAGGAUUUGAUGGAUGACGAAUCGGAAUGGGCGGAAAACAAGCGUGUCAACCCCAGCGCCUUGCCAGAAAUUUCGUAA